UGUAAGGUGGCUGUUCGGUUUCUGUGCCUCAGGAAGUUACUGGGGUCACAGGUGGUUGGGUAUUGGGGCAGGGUGUGGAACUUGUAGAUUACAGGGUCUGAUGGGGGGUUUUGUCGGUGGGGAGGCCUUCCUGCAGGAGUUUUCCCUGCUGGCCGGCAACUGGGGCAGAGUUGGGUAGGGGUUUUCUGGGACUGGCUAUGUCCCAGGGCCUGGGUCCUAGGGGCAGGACUCUGGGUGUGAGGAGAAUCACUCACCUCUUGGUGCAUUGACAGCUGGUGGUUUGGUUUCUGUGCCUCAGGAAGUUGCUGGGUUCACAGGGGUAUUGGGGCAGGGCAUGUAGAAUGCAGGGUGCGAUGGCGGGUUUUGGUGUGUGUGUGUGUCUUCCUGCAGGAGUUUUCCCUGCUGGCCAGCAACUGGGGCAGAGUUGGUGGGGGUUCCCUGGGACUGGCUGUGUCCCAAGGCCCAGGUCCUUGGAGCCACAUGUUAAGAUUAUUAUCUUAAAAGUACUCGUUUAAUGAAUAUACACUACGUAGGGAGAAUAUUUAAAUAUUGUAUAAAAAACCUAUAGAUACAGUUUUGAUAUAAUUACCAAAUUUGAUGGCUCUGAAUAAGAGGAAUUGAGGUCAAGACAUGUUCCAGUACAGCCAUGGUAAAAAAAAAAAAAAUCGGGAAAACAAGCCUUGGAGUCUUGAAAAUUUUCUAAAAGUCAUCAUAAUUUGUGAGCCACAUACAAGAUGCAAGGAGCCAACAAGUAUCAGCUUCCUCAGCUGUGGUCAGCCAGUGAAACAGAUGAAGUGGGUCUCUCAGGAAAUCCUGUCUGUUAUAUUGGGGCAUUGUCUCCUGACAGCAGCAGCAGCAGCAGCACCAUGCUGCCUACGCUCCUCAGCCUGGUGUGUCCUGGAUUCUUCCUGUUCCAGAGGACGUGGGCACAAGUGGGGGUUUCUGACAAGCCCACCCUGUCUGCCUGGCCCAGUCCUCUGGUUCCCAUUGGAGGGCGUGUGACUCUGAGGUGUCAGUCCUACUUUGGGUUUAAAUUAUUCCGUUUGUUCAAGGAAGAUGAGGAGUUCCAAGACAUCAUAUUUCAAGAAGACUUUGACAUGUACCCCGUGACCAUGGCAAAUGUGGGGACCUAUAGAUGUCAGGGCAUUGCUCCUAUUGUCCAUGAUGCAUUGUCAGAAAUCAGUGAUCCCCUGUUGAUCAUAGUUACAGGAAUCUACAGAAAGCCUUCUCUCUUGGCCCUACCAGCGCCUCCAAUAAAUUCAGGAGAGAUGAUGACAUUGAAGUGCUGUUCAGAUGCCAUGUUUGAGACCUUCAUUCUGGUUGUGUACAGAGAGGAUGUAAAUGAGGUCCAAAUGCAUCUAGCUGGGGAGCCUUAUGCUGGUGGCUCCCAAGCCAACAUCUCUAUAGCUCCUGUGACUGCGCACGCUGGGACCUACAGAUGUUACAGUUCUUCUAGUCAACAUUCCCAUGUGUGGUCACACCCAAGUGACCCACUGGACAUUGUAAUCUCAGUUCCUGAUGCCACCAACUCUUCAUAUCAUCUUAACGUCACACAAGGUUCUGUCAUGAAGGAUUACACCCUGGAGAAUUCAAUCAGGAUGGGCAUGGCAGGGAUGGUUCUCCUUAUUCCACUGAUAAUGUUGGCUGAAGCCUGGUGGAACCAUAAGGAGGCACCACAGGUUGAAAUGAGAGAAAUUUCUGCCAGGAUCCUGUGAACAGAUCGUUUGGCAGAAUGGGCCUUGGAAAGAACUCCACCUGCUGAGAUGUCCCUGAGUGGAUGUGGAAUGUAUUUAGGGUAUUAGAGCCUUUUGGGGGAUGCUUGGAAGAACAGCUGAACCUCACGAGGCAAGGAGCAUACCCGAGAUAUGAGAUGAGCUCCUUGGGGACAGCAGAGAGGAGGGGUACUGAUAAACUUAUAUAAACUCACAGACAGCACAUGAGUGUCCUUCAGUUUUCUUUGGUUUGUAGAACACUUAUGCUCUUUCUCCCUUUAUUUGUAAAAGUGUGGUCUCAUUUGUGCUUGCUUUUGUUGAUGGUGUAGCGAUAUUCCUGUACCCCCUUUCCUCUUCCUUUACUUCCUCCCCUUCUUCCUCUCUUUCUCCAUUAUUGUUACAUUAUUUUCCUUUCUACCUCUUAUUUCCACUUCAUUUAUAUUUUCACUGAUGAAACCUUUGACUUUCCUCUUUGCUGAUUCUCGGGUUCUGCUUCUCCCCCUUUUCAAAACAGGGUCUCAGUGAGGAGCCCUGACUGGCUUGGAGCUCACCAGGCUGUCCUGGCACUCACAAAGAUCCCAUUGCCUUUCUGCCUCCCGGAGGCUGGGAAUAAAGGCAGGUGCCAUUAUGCCAGGUGGUUCUGCAUUUUCAUAAGCAUAGACCCAAGUGCUUAAAAUAAGCCAACAUUUUUUUUUCAUUUUGCUUUCACUCUCAUCUUAAUUUGCUACAGAUAAAAACCACAAAAUGGAAGUCUUCAAAAAUAAAUAUAAAAAUCGCAUUUCUCCUAUUUGAGUAAACCCAUGAAAACCUAAGUCUUUUAAUGUGAAGUUUUGCAUGUGGAAUAAAUGAUCAUGAAAAAUGACAUUUUUAUUAUCAUUUCAGUUGUUCUGUCAAUAAUUUGUCUAACUCUUCCUAGUUUUUAACACAGUUUUGUUUCUAGCUAAUGAUUAAAAUGGUCACUUUUCUUUGCCAUUUGACUUAUUAUUUGUAGAACUAUUGCAUGUUCUUAGUAUCCCAAAUUACAUUAUUCUUUUUGGAGCUGAAAUUUCAAAAGAGAAUUUCAGAGAUGGGGAUUGAUGGGCAGAAGGAGAAACUACAAUGCCUUUAAGCCAUAGAUGUGUGUGUGUGAGUGUGUGUGUGUGUGUGUGUGUGUGUGUGUGUGUUUGUUUGUUUGUUUGUGAGCACUUUGGAAUUUAAAGAAUGUGACUAAUUGUUUAGCAUUCAUAGGAAAAAACAGUGUUUCGUAUUUCUCAUCAGAACAUUAUAUAUGAAAAUAUUUCAAACCCCACUGUGCUUUGAAUACUAUCCUAUUAAAAGAGUUAUGAAUUAAUUGAUGAGUAGGGCAUUUUUUCUUAUUCUGAACAAAAUUCUUAAAGCUUAAAAAGACUAGACAUGGCAUUGAACAUGUUAUCUAGGAAAUGCUUUAAAAAUUUAUUAGUGUAUAUUUGUUGCACAAACAAUGGAUUUUAUUAUGUCAUCUCCAUGGAAACAUAAUGUCUACUUUGAAUACAUUGGCCUCUGUAGGUCACUCUUUGA